AUGAGCGACGACGAGAACUACGAAGAUGAAGAAAACUUCGUGGAAGAGAAAAGGGUGAAAGUCAGGCGGUUUAUUCCUUUCAAUAAGCUGGUUGAGCAAAUAGGAUCGGACUCCGAUAAAUUCAGUCGUAGAUAUAGGUUGAACAGAGACGACAACGGAACAUAUUUCACUGAAGCUCUGACGAAAUGGAAUGAUGCCGAUCAUGGAGCUGAUUUCGUAAAUUUUUCCAAUGAACUGCCCUCGGAUGAACUCGAUACAUACGCACAACUUUUAUUUCACAGUAAAACUAUAAUAACUUGUCUCUUUCGUUCUUUGAAAAUAGAGAAAUCUAAAUCGGCUCAAGCUUUUUGCGAGAUGCUAACUGCUCUAGCUAAAGAUUUGAGACAAGAUUUCAAUGAAUACAUUUGGGAAGCUGUAGAUUGUAUAUCUUUUGUUCUGAAUGAGGGACUUCAAGAUAAGGAUACUGUCGAAGCCGGUUUCUAUGCUCUCACGUCACUUGUAAAAGUGAUGAGUAAAUCACUGUUAAAAACAAUGAAGAAAUCUUUUAGUUGCUUCGUUCCAAUGUUAGGAAGUUUUCGUUAUUAUGUACGACGUUUUGUCUCACAAGCUUUUGCCUUCUUACUCAGAAAAACCAACAACUUGCCAGAGCUUACGAAGUUCAUAGUUGAGCAAGCUGAGAAGAUAAAUCUACCACAGUUAACACUAGGUGUAUCUAUGUUGUUUUUUCAAACUUUCCGUGGUAUCUCCGGAGGGUUCCAGAGUACUACAUUUGAGUCAUUAAGGGAUAUCAUAUUUGGUGUUUUCAAAACUGCUGACUCCGUAAGAGAAACAGGAUUAAAAAUCCUGAACGAAAUGUUACAACUGACUACUACUUAUGUCGCAAAAAAAAGAACUGAUUUAAAUCCAAUCCAGAAUGUGCUAUUUACUCUUUUGGAAGCGAACCAAAGUGUGGUUGAAACAUCUGAACUUUUGGGUCUUUUCUCGUUGCUUAUAGUUCAGAAUAGUAACAUCACUUCUCUAUCGAAUGUCGAGAGGCUAUACAACUUAAUCAAAAGUUUGAUUGUAGCUGAUCAUUUCACAUUGGACGAACAGUCAAUCAAUUUCCUACAUCUAGCGUUGACUGUUUGUUUGGAAAACACUAAAUGGAUAUCCUCUUGUAAAGAUUUCUUCCAAAUUAUCAUCGAGCGUUUCAAAGAAACGCAAGUGUCUGAUAUUUUCCAUUUGUUACGUCUCUGUAGUGUUAUUAGCGUAUAUGACUUUAGCAUCUUACCAUCUAUAUCAUCUCUUGUGGAAACUGCCAUACGAACUGACAAUGAAGAAGCUUUGAAAAAUACCAUCAAUCUCUUUGCCACUGUUUGUGCCGCGAGAAAACCCUUGUUAUCAUAUAUACCUGGAGAAAGAAAACCGUUUUUCAAUGUCAGCACCCAAAAGGAUCUUAAAGCUUAUAUUGUUUCAACUUUACCUAAUCUCAAAAAGUACGAUAUAACACUGGCAAGCUUGAUCGUCCAAGUUUGGCCUUGGUUCUAUUCCGAAUUGCAACCAGUUGAAGGAGUGAGCCAUGUUGUUGAAUAUUUGAAAUAUCUUCUGUGCCUGAAAGAAGGUUCCCAGAAAGGGUCCCAAGCAACUCUCAUUGUCGGAUAUACAUUGUAUUUGGUUGAAAAGGAGUCGCUACAGAAAAUUCCACUUAACGAAGUUGAGGCGUUCGUAAGGAAUCAUAACGCGUUACCAUCGUCCACUCUACUACACCUACUAUUCCUUAAAGCAUCCAAUCAGAAACUUGAUAUUGAGGAUUUGAAAAGAACUUCGGAUCUUUACUUGCCUGUGUUGUUCAGUCCUAAUGCAAAGCAAAGACUGGCAAUUCUUGAUAUGUUGUCAUAUUGUGAAGAACAAAUUACUAGUGAUAUCAGAAGCGAGGGCUUCGAAGGUGCUUUCUCUAUACUGAAAAAAGUAGAGAAUGUUGCUCUAAUCGAUUGUCGAGAACGUCUUCGUCUCUUCAGAUUAAUUUUAUUCGGUGCUCAUAGAAAUUAUGUUAUACCCGAGAUAUCGUCUACAUACGAAGAGAUAAUACUGCGUGUAGCAUAUUCACAAUUCUUCGUCUCUUUCACGUUACUCUGGCCGGGUAUGCAUGAGCUUCUUUCCUCUUUUGCGGUUGGAAUGAAGUUUGAAGAAUUCUGGAGGAUUACAGAAGAUAUAUUACUGAACGUCUUCCAAGUUUGUCGUUCUGAAGAGCAGUCAGCCCUAAUGGAAAAGUGUUUCGAAGCCAUUUUGCCUGGUGUAGACGAGCAGAAUCGUAGAGAUUAUUUGGCGGUCAGAGUUCAACUGAUCAAGUUCUUUGCCAAAAUACCUCAAUUGAUCCAAAGGAGAACGCGAGUUAUCAGUCCGCUGUUCAUUGAGAUAUACGAAAAAGACUAUCUCCGUUUUAAUAAAGUUAGUGACGAAGAAGAAGAGGAAGAAGAUGAUGAAGAUAAUGAACCCAGCCUCGAGAAAACGCUUUCAAGCUUGAAGUUCGAAUUCAGAGAAAUAUCAACGAUUCUAUGUGCGUUCAUGGAACUCUAUAGCAAAUUUAAUGAUCCCAAAUCAAUUAAUCGUGGAAAAGAAAUCCGAGAAAUAUAUCUCGAGAUUCUCAUAUCAGGCUCAGAGAUGAUGUUACCAAAAGCGUUAGAUGCCUUGAUGUCGUAUAAAGACAAAAGUCUAACACCCUACAGAGACGCUCUGAAUGGUCUUGUUGAUAUGAAAACGUUCAAAUCUAAAAUUUAUGAAUUCAAAAUAAGUGAAGAUGAAGGUGAUGCAGCUCUCUCCGCAGAACACCGUGAAUCAGUUAUGCCAGUUCUUAUAAGAAUUUUACUUGGUUGUCUCAAACGUAAAGCUACCAAGAGGCUUGGUAAGAACCGUAGAACAAUUAUUUUCCGAUUUUUGGUGGGAUGUAGAGCUGACGAGAUGCAGUUGUUCAUUCAACUUUGUUUCCGAUCUUUAUGUGAAACAGUUGGCAAUGGUGAGGAUAUGGUCGAAAGAAUGGACGAAUUAUGUCAGAAUUCAUCACUUUUGGAGAACAUAGAUAUCAAGAGCUUGAUGUGGUACGUUUUUAUUCUUAUCUACAAUAAUUGA